UGGAAGGGCAGAGCCCGCAGAGGGAUCGGAGUUGGCUGGCGAGCUGCGCCAGAGGCAGGUGCCAGCUGAGAGUGGGCGGAGGUGCGGGCGCCCGGCCAGGCGGGGGAGGCCGGCGCUACCUCUGCCUCUUGGAGUCGGGCGCUCAGACCAGCUCGCCGGGAGGAGCCGGGGCACGGGCGUCCCCGCCGCCCGCCGAAGGAACCGAGGGAACAGUCGCAGCAGCCGCGCAGCGCCAGCAUCCUCUGGAGAGACGGCCCAGGCUCGGCGGCCGCCUUGCUCCUCCCAGAGGCAAGCCCCGCCGCCCGCGCCGUGCGCUCCUGCCGGGAGUCGUCCAGCGCCCCCCGCCCGUCCGCCCGCGGGGACAGCCACACCCGAGCCCCCGGCCCGUCACCUGCCACGGUCUCCCGGGCGGGCGGGCGCGGGGAGAGAACGAGCCAGAGACGGGCCAGGGAGACAGCGUUCCCUGGUCUCCACUCCGCGCUGACAAGGAACGCCCGCCAACACUGCGAGCCCCUGCGAUCCCUGCACCCAGUCCCCAAGUUCAAGGGUGACACCCAUCAAAAGCGGAGCUCUCCGGCGCGGUGAGCACUCCGGCCUCAUCGAGCCCAGCCGGCCGGCGGCUCUGCAGGCGGCCCUCUGCGCCCGUGCGCCCGGCGGGGCCAUGCUCGGGCUGCGCCGGGACCGCCUGCUGACCCUGCUGCUCCUGGGUGCGCUGCUCUCCGCCGACCUCUACUUCCACCUUUGGCCCCAGGUCCAGCGGCAGCUGCGGUCCCGGGAGCGCCCGCGGGGCUGCCCUUGCGCCCGCCGCGUGUCCUCUCCGGCCCCGGACCCCGCCGCAGCCGCCGCGGACCUCCACACGGCCGCGCACAACUUUUCCCGAGCCGGGCGGGGAACUGAGCGGGACCAUAGCGGCCGCGGUGGCCCCGGCUCCAAGCUGCAGGCCCUCUUCGCCCACCCGCUGUACAACGUCCCGGAGGAGCCGCCUCUCCUCGGGCCCGAAGACUCGCUCCUGGCCAGCCAGGAGGCGCUGCGGUAUUACCGGAGGAAGGUGGCCCGCUGGAACAGACGACACAAGAUAUACAAAGAGCAGCUGAACCUCACUUCCCUGGACGCCCCACUGCAGCUCCAACUGGAGGCCAGCUGGGUCCAGUUCCACCUGGGCAUCAACCGUCAUGGGCUGUACCCCCGGUCCAGUCCUGUCGUCAACAAACUCCUCCACGACAUGAGGCACUUUCCCACCAUCAGUGCUGAUUACAGUCAGGACGAGAAAGCUUUGCUCGGGGCAUGCGACUGCACCCAGAUUGUGAAACCCAGUGGGGUCCACCUCAAGCUGGUUCUGAGGUUCUCGGACUUCGGCAAGGCCAUGUUCAAACCCAUGAGACAGCAGCGAGAUGAAGAGACACCCGUGGACUUUUUCUACUUCAUUGACUUUCAGAGACACAACGCUGAGAUCGCAGCUUUCCAUCUGGACAGGAUUCUGGACUUCCGACGGGUGCCACCAACGGUGGGGAGGCUAGUCAAUGUCACCAAGGAGAUCCUAGAGGUCACCAAGAACGAAAUCCUGCAGAGCGUUUUCUUUGUCUCUCCAGCCAGCAACGUGUGCUUUUUUGCCAAGUGCCCGUACAUGUGCAAGACUGAAUACGCGGUCUGCGGCAACCCACACCUGCUGGAGGGCUCCUUGUCUGCAUUCCUGCCGUCUCUCAACCUGGCCCCCAGGCUGUCCGUGCCCAACCCCUGGAUCCGCUCCUACUCACUGUCAGGAAAAGAGGAGACGUCUUCCCCCCCCAGGUGGGAGGUCAAUCCACUUUACUGCGACACGGUGAAGCAGGUCUACCCAUACAACAGCAGCAACCGUCUGCUCAACAUCAUCGACAUGGCCGUCUUCGACUUCCUCAUUGGAAAUAUGGACCGUCACCAUUACGAGAUGUUCACCAAAUUUGGGGAUGACGGGUUUCUGAUUCAUCUGGACAACGCCAGAGGGUUUGGACGACACUCCCAUGACGAAAUGUCCAUCCUCUCGCCACUCUCCCAGUGCUGCAGGAUAAAAAAGAAAACACUUUUGCACCUGCAGCUGCUGGCCCACGCUGACUACAGACUCAGCGACAUGAUGCGGGAGUCACUGCUCGAGGACCAGCUCACCCCCAUCCUCACAGAGCCCCACCUCCUCGCCCUGGAUCGGAGACUCCAAAUCAUCCUCAGGACAGUAGAGGGGUGCAUAGAGGCCCACGGGGAGCAGAGUGUCGUAGCCAAUGGCCCAGCGGGACAGUCGGCCCCCGACUCUGGCCAGGCUAACUGGACAAGUUAGGGGCAGGACGAGGCCAACUUCAGAAACUACACCGGGAGCCGGCAGUGUGGACACCUGAAUGCGGACCACUGCUUCUGGAUGUGCCUGUCACUGCCGGAGGUCCUGGGUUGUGAGCUCAGAAAGCAGGGAGGGCACUGGGAUAACAGUGAGAGAGCCAAAGUGGGAUCCACGAACUUUCUUCCUUGGUGCACUGCUUCUCCAGUGAGCGGCCAUGGCUCCCUCUUGCCCAGAAAGUACUGCUUCACCAAGGGCACAGACCAUCUCCUGAGCCCACUGGGAAAUUGGGAUACCGGUCAGGCUUGAAAGGUUUGGAAGCCUUGUUCCCGAGAAUAUUAACUGUUACAAAUAAAAGGACAUCAAGUGGA